UGACACUAGUUCUGUCCCAGUGAUUGGACUUAGUCGCUGGAUUAGCUACUGUGUAGCCGUAGUGUACUGUGUAGUAGCAAAUGGGAAUGGGACUGUCCAGUGCCGAUUGUGGAGUCGAUUUCUUUGUGUUGGUUUUUAUUUUACGUUGGUAAACAAAGACUUUUCUUUGUUGUUUUAUGUUUGAAGUGAAUAGUCUCUGUUAAGAAUUCUGCAUUUUAAAUCGGUUUGCUUUUGGAUAUAUUCUACAAAGUAUUUAAAAUGACAAGGCAUGCAAGAAAUUGUACAGCAGGUGCUGUGUAUACAUAUCAUGAAAAGAAAAAGGAUGCAGAAGCUUCAGGUUAUGGAACACAAAACCAGAGGGUUGGCAAGGAUUCUGUGAAAGACUUUGACUGUUGCUGUCUAACUCUUCAACCUUGCCGGGAUCCAAUGAUUACGCAAGAUGGGUAUUUGUUUGAUAAAGAAGCUAUUCUGGAGUACAUCAUUAGGAAGAAAAAUGACAUCAGUAGAAAGAUGAAGGAGUACGAAAAGCAGAAGAAGAAAGAACAGACAGAACUAGCAGAGCUGGCAGCUGCGGAAAAAGAGUCUAAACUGAAUAGUUUUGUGAAGUCAGAAAAAAACAUCGUCAGUUCUCCAGUUGAGGCUUUUAAAAAAGAUGAUCCCAAUGCCAGGCCUUCAGUAUCCAACAUGACCGAGGGAAGGGACAAAGUCUUGCCCAGUUUUUGGAUUCCAUCAAAAACCCCAGCGGCAAGAUUGUCUACUGUUGAAAAACCAGACAAGAACGUGUUGUGUCCGAUGAGCGGAAAGCCACUAAAACUGAAAGACCUGAUCACAGUCAAGUUCACGGAGGUGAGGGACCCGGAUGACAAGAAGUCUCACCUGGUCAAGGAAAACCGAUACAUGUGUGCUGUAACACACGAUAUCCUCAACAACUCUGUGCCCUGCGCCGUACUACGAACCACAGGUGACGUUGUAACAAUGGAAUGUGUGGAAAAAAUCAUAAAAAAAGAUUGGAUUCAUCCUCUAACCUCUGAAAAACUCACAGAAAAAGACAUCAUUCCUCUCCAAAGGGGCGGAACUGGCUAUUCCUUGACAAACAACAAUUUAGAGGGGAAAUAUGAACGACCAGUCUUGCAGGCAUAAACAUCUAUCUCAUAAUCAACAUGUGUGUAUACAAGUACAAUGUAAUUUUAAGUUACUAUCAUAAAAUGUACAAACAGAUAUAGUUUAUUUAAAAUAAAUUAUUUUAUAUUGUA